CUGCUUCCAGCGCCCGCGGGUCGUCGACCGCGAGGCCCUCCGUGGCGCGCAGCGGCGCCGCGCGGACGCACGCCGUGUCGGGGCCGCAGUCCGUCAGCGCGACCCAGCACGUCGCGUAGCCCGGCGUGGUCGCGUCGUCGCCGGCGCGGUCGCGGUGCGCGGCCCAGCCGCGGGCGCCGGGCGCCACGCGGAACGCGUAGCAGUCGUAGUUCAUGGCGGCGCCGGCCGCGAGCAGUGCUACGAGCCGCGGCGCGAAGGCCGCGACGAGGGCCCAGGCCUCGUCGUAGAGGAACACGCACGCGGCCGGCAGCCCGCGCGCCGCGAGGCGCUCGAUCGCGUCGGCGCACCGGCCCGCGAGCGCGGCGGUCGUCGCUUCGCCGCGCAGCGUCGCGAAGCCGUCGCGCGCGAACUGCCGGGCGUCGGCGGCGGCAUCAGCUUCGGCAUGUCGAACGACGGCGCCUGCAUCAUCCGCGGGGCGCUUCCGCUUGCGCUGCGGUGGCGAACCGAUGCCGAGCGGUGCAGGCUUCCUCUGCGGCGGCGAGCCGAUGCCGAGCGGUGCGACGCGUCGCCAGAACGCCGGGUCCCGCCAGCUCGCGGCCGCGAAGGCGUCGUCGGGCAUCGGACGUCGUUCAGGCGGACCCGCGCGUAGCGCCGCGGCGGCUCCUUGGCGCCGAGCGCCGUGAGGACGCGCCGCGCGGAGAAGGGGCCGCCGCCGCCGCCGUCGGCGUCGUAGGCGAUCGACGCGCACCAGCAGGCGGCCGCGCAGGCGCAGGCGCAGCAGGCCCCGAG